GAGACAUCUAACUUUGCACUUAUAAAUGGAAAUGCAGGGAUUUAAACAACAGCUGAGUAUUAACUUCAUCGUGACAUAUUUGUGCAACUAAUGUAUUGAUCUUUUUCUUUUGUUUCUUCAGCAAUACUAUCUCGGCCAUGUCUUCGUUUCGUUUACUGUUAAAUUUCUGACCGAAACAACAUGGUCAGCAUCGGUGGUUAAUGGAUAUGAAAAGAUACGCAAGAUGUAAGCACUUCCUUAAUUUAACAAACAUGUAGUAUAUUGAUGGACUUAAAUGAUUCAAUGCUUGUAUGUUUUACGCGCUCUUUGACAAUGUUAAACGUUCGCGUAUAAAUCAUAUUGACAGAAGGUUUAUUGAUCACAUUUGUUUGACGAUCAUGUCGCAUAAAACAUAUUAAUGGUACACAUCUGUCGCACGUGGAAGCAUUAGUCAAUAGACAAUUAAAAGGAAAACUUCAAUGGCGAAAUAAAUAAUUUUGAAUGUGAUAUACAUCGCAUGGAAUUAUCAUUGCAAUCGCAUUUGAAAGCUGCAGAUAUAAAAACACGUUUAUCAAAUCGAUAUGACAGCUCCAGUAUUUGAAUCCGUCACAAAAAUUAUAGACAAACUGGCUGACGGGAACACCAUUAAUGCCAGGGUUUCCAUGAGAUACGAAACGCUAAGACUGUGCACGUUUCGGAAUUAUCCCGUUAACAAACCUUUCCGAAUCAAGUUGGCAAAGGCUGGAUUCUACUACGCCUCAAACGAUGAUGAAGUCAUUUGUUAUUGUUGUGCGAAACGUGUCAGUAACUGGCGGGAAAGUGACGACCCAAUGAACGCACAUAGAUUUAUGGCGCCAAGCUGCAGUUAUCUCUUACGUAACUCAGAGGUCAACGUGCCGGUAACCAGCGAAAGUUACACUGGAGAUGGUCGACUGGAACGCAUUCUAGCAUCUCUAGACGAUGACAACACCAAUACCCAAGAAGACCGCCAAUCGGUCAUCUCAUCGGCACGGCGCUCUAACUUGCAAGACUCAACUCCUGGACGCAGAUCACACCCCAUUCAUCCGUUGCUCUCAGACACUUCUUUUGGGAUAAAUCUUAAUUUUGAAACAGAAGGAGAUCCACUCGAUACUUCGUUUAGUGUAGAAGAACCAGGACAUUCCGCGAAUUUGAACAACUCGUCUAAUCAAUUACGUGGAGCGAAGACCACCUCCAAACGCACUACGACGGAACACGGAGCAGCUUCAAACCAUCGCGUCUUAGCAGCAGCGGCGGUUUCAAAUGAUCCUUCGUCAAGUGUUAAAGAACAAAGGCAGUCAACUGAUGUGAAACCUAGGUAUCAUCAAACGCGUAAAGAGGAGACCGCGACCAAACACGCAUCAAAGGAUACUGAUAACAAAAUCAGGGUCUCUGGUCAAACACCGACUGAAAUAAUCUCUCAUGCUACCGAUCCAAGUCUUUGCAAUGGACUUCAGUCGCUAGGAGGGCAUCAUAAUUAUGCGCCCAGAUCUGCCCAAAAACGAACGUCUAUAAAUAGUUCUUUAAAACUUGCUAACGGUAAUGAGAGCCAGUCGUUUCUUUCAUUGCCAAGCGACACAGGAACAUGCCGGAAGAAUCCAGUAAACAAGAGUUUGUUGAAAGAGAAAAGAAGACUCGAGGCUGAAAACCAAUCUUUGAAGGAGGAAAUAACGUGCAAGCAAUGCCAUGAACACGAAAUUGAAAUGGUGUUUCUACCGUGUGGGCAUGUGCUAACUUGUGAAUCAUGUGGUACGAAAGCGCGCACAUGUUUUUCCUGCAAAGGAGUUAUCAAGGGUAUUGCGAAAUUUUAUUCAGCGUAGACCCCGGUAUAAUAUGUAAAGUGUAUUAACAUAUAAAAGAAAAGUCGUAUUUUAAGACAAAUAAGGUAAACUGAGAAACAAUAUAACAAAUUAAAUCAGUGGUCAUGAUGUAUUUUUGUCAUUACCCUUACAAAAGACGUCCUUCUUAGCAUAACAUUGCAACAACUGGACAUAAUAAAUUGUUUGUACACAUUAUAUCAUUGUAUAAAACUUUUUAUAUGAACAUGGGAAUGAAGAUUAUGCGGAAGUUAUUUAAUAUAAAUUGUGUCCGGUAGAUAGUUUUAGAAGCUUUU